CAACAACAGCAGGACGGGAACAACGCCGUCGAAACGUCGGAGGUUCGAAUCUGUUUCAAACAACAUGUUUGCUAAGGAAAUAUGUUGUGCCGUUCUGUUGUGUGUAGUUUUCAACGGGUCAGCAUUUAAACUAUAUGAUGCCGAACCGCUACUAAGAAACGUGCCAAAAGUAAACUUGACUGGCGCCGAGUUGGAAGAGGUGUUGAACAUAGACCCAGGCGGCGAGUACACCACGAUGAAGUUCCAGUACGAACACGACCAGUACCUGGGACAGUACGAUGAAAACUCGACUGACGAGCGAUGCUAUAACGACCAUGUCCGGUGCUUGACAACCAUCAUGGCCGCUUCUCGACCGGUCUGCGGAACGAACGGAGACAAACGAAAUGAGUUCGGCUCCAUGUGCGACCUGUACCUGGAGAAUUGCAAGCAGAAGAAAGCCGAAUGGCACAUAAUCGAUAGCGGGGACUGCUCUAGAGCCAAGAAUAUAUUUAUUUAUGAUUUUAACGACGAAAGAACCAUUAAACCAUCAGGUUCAUAAAAAAAGUACCUACUAUGUGAGGAAAGUAAACACAACAAGACAGUUAUUUUAAAGCAUUAAAUAAAUUGGGUAAAAUAAAUUAUUUACUA